AUGGCGAGCUCCAUCAACGCCAGUCCAACCUGGCCACAGGGCCAGCUACCCGGCCUAAGUGCGCUGGCCUCGCUGGACCUGGACCGUUCUACCAUUGCAAUCACCCUGGCAGCGAUUGUUAUCUUGCCUCUAUUGGUGAGCUACAUCGCCAGCAGCCUCCGCGGCGAAAAGGUUCCCGUCGUCAACCCGCCGGGACGCUUCCAGACCGCGCUCCAAAAGAGUAUCGAGUUUGGGACUGCCGGCUUCAAGAUUUUCCAACAAGCUCAAGAGCAGUUUCCGAACCAGCCCUUCAAGCUUUUGAGCAACGCGGGCUACACGACGGUCCUGCCGCCGGACCGUGCGCUGGAAGUCAAGCAGCACCCGAACCUAAGCUUUCGGAAGGCCUUUUCCACGAUCCUGCCGGCCAAUAGCGAAGGCGCCGCGGCUCUUGGAGUUGUGGACCACCCAAGCGAGAUCAUUCAGAAGAUCGUCACCAAACAUUUGACCAAGCGACUGAACAGUGUCACCGCGCCAUUGUCUCUCGAGACUUCAGUCGCGACUGAAAAAAACUUUGGGAAAAGUUCCGAAUGGACCGAGAUCAAAGUCUACGAGCCCAUUACAGAUGUCAUCGCCCGCGUCUCGUCGCGCGUGUUCCUGGGAGACAAGCUCUGCCGAGACGCAGCCUGGCUCGACAUCACAAAGUCCUUUGCCCAGACGGCCAUGGCGGUGAUCAUGACCAUGCGCGCUUUCCCCACCUGGAUCAGGCCAUUGGUCUUUCAGUUUGCAUCGUAUGGCAAAGAAUACCGGGCGCUGUACCGCCGCGGGCAUAACGCCAUCAUGCCCAUCAUGAAAGAGCGGCAAGAGGAGCGGGCCGAGUGUGCUGCCAAGGGGGUACCCGCGCCCGUCUACAACGACUUGAUCGAGUGGGCCGAGACCGAAGCCGGCAACAACAGCUUCGACAUGACCGCCGUCCAGCUUAGUAUUUCGAUGGCCGCAAUCCACACGACCUCGGACCUGGUGUCGCAGAAUAUUUUGUUGUUGUCCACCCGCCCCGACUUUGUGGAUGCCCUGAGGAAAGAGAUGAUCGAGGUGCUGCCGGCCAAGGGAUGGAAGAAGACCUCGCUGACAUCGCUCCGGCUUCUCGACAGCGCUAUCAAGGAAGCGCAGAGGCUGAAGCCUACUUCAGUUAUUGGCAUGCAACGUCUUGUUAUGAAGGAUACUGUUUUGGAAGGCGGCAUCACCCUUCGCAAGGGAGAGUAUUCGGCCGUCGACGCAACCAGGGUCUGGGAUCCCAAGCUGCAUAAAAACCCGGACGAAUUCGACAUUUACCGCUUCUACGAGGCACGCAAGCAACCCGGAGGCGAGCACGUACACCAGCUGGUUUCGACUUCCCCUGACCACAUAGCCUUUGGUCUCGGGAAAUACGCCUGUCCUGGCCGCUUCUUUGCCUCCAACGAGACCAAGGUCGUCCUGUGCCAUUUGCUGCUCAAGUACGAUUGGAAACUGGCCGAAGGGUCGUCCACCGACUUUACCUACUUUGGCACGGAGCUCACCAUCAACCCCGAAACCAAAGUCCUGUACCGGCGCCGGAAGGAGGAGUUUGAUCUGGAUGCGCUAGCCACGGAUGAGGAAGCAUCAUGA